ACGUCCGCUCCUCACCGGUGCGGUGAGUGCUUAAUCUCAGGCCUCACGGCUUAGUUUUUCUCUCGGUUUGGGCUCGAGGCCUCUGUCGCAACCAUGCUCUGCCAGAUCAUCGGUCAGGCCAAGAAGCAUCCUAGCUUGAUCCCCCUCUUCAUAUUUAUUGGAGCAGGAGGGACUGGAGCAGCACUGUAUGUCACAUGCCUGGCAUUGUUCAAUCCCGAUGUCAGUUGGGACAGAAAGAAUAACCCAGAACCCUGGAACAAACUAGGUCCUAAUGAUCAGUACAAGUUCUACUCUGUGAACGUAGAUUACAGCAAACUGAAGAAAGAAGGUUCAGACUUCUAAAUAUUUCACUUAAAGCUGCUUAGAAUGAA